AUGAGUGGCAGUUCGAACCAGUCCACCCGCACCAGCCCCGGCUCCUACAGCACCACCACCCAGCGAACGCACUCGGUCUCCUCGGGCGCGUCGCCUCCCCACUCGUCGCUCCCUUCCUCCCAGGCGCCUUCCACGGCCCAGAAUGCGAUGUCCACCGACGUGUAUAAUACAUCUGUCUCGCAGCCUCCCGCUUCUCUAGGCCCGUCCUUCACCUACCCAUUUGCCUCCAUCGGUGGCUCCUCCGCCUUCGAUCCCGCUACCAUGCGCCUGGGCGAUUCCGACCGGUCGGCGCAGAGCCUCAACGGCUUCGUCCGGUCCUCCGUCAGCGGCGGUGCCAUCCUCAUGCGCAAUCUGCCCAGCAACACGAGUCGCGAAGCCUUGCGCAGUAUGCUGCUGUUCGCCAAGGAUCUGAUCGAUGUUGAUUUCGACUCGGCCGGCCUCCCGGAUGAGAAGGGAUACUUGAGCGCCAUUGCACGCUUUGGCACCGUCGCGGCUGCCGAAGAGGCCCGCGCUUUGCUCAACGGCAAACCCAACUCGAAUAACGAUGCGACCAUGAUCGUAGAGAUGUACGACGGUCCCGCCGGACCCUCCCCGCUGGGCGGUCCCCGACGGAAUACGAUCGAUCACUCCGCGACCCGCGGCCUCCUGGGAAGUCUCUCCAACGGCCCUCUUUCGCGCCAAUCGUCCCGCUUCAACGGUACCUUCCAGAGCUUGACGGCCACCAACGCGUCGGUCGCCGCACCCAGUGACGCCCUUCCCCCGACAUCGGAACCGGGAUCUCGCAUGCACAGCCUCUUCUCGCCCCAAUCUCCGAUCGGAAAUGGUGUUCACGAUCUCCCCCGCGUCAGUGGCAAGUCGAUGAUUGACCAGGAUCUCGAUGAAGAGACGGGGGAGCUGCUGAAAGACCCCGUCGGAUAUGCCGAGAAUGGCCACUCGGCAUCAGCGCGUCGAGCGACCAACCCCCAGUUUCCGACGAACCAAUUUGCGGGUCUCAGUUUGUCCACGAACAUCUCGUCCCCCCCGCCGCAGAACUAUACACCCGGCGGGUCCGCGCAACCGCAAAUGGGGUUGCCGACUCCGUCGUCGGCCUACGCACCGUCGCUCAACAGCAACAUGGUCGGCGCCCCUUCUAUGGGCAUGUACGGCAAUCCGCACACACCGCGCCACAGCCUUCCCGCCGCGAACCCGAACGACAUGAACCCCCCGUGCAACACCUUGUACGUGGGCAAUCUCCCUCCGGAUGCAUCCGAAGAGGAAUUAAAGGCCCUGUUCAUCAAACAACGCGGUUACAAACGGCUCUGCUUCCGGAAUAAGCAGAACGGGCCAAUGUGCUUCGUCGAGUUUGAGGACGUGGGCACGGCGGGAAAGACCCUGCAUGAGCUGUAUGGCUAUCGACUGUCGAACAGCGUCAAAACCGGCAUCCGUCUGAGCUUUUCAAAGAAUCCCCUGGGCGUCCGUUCGUCCCAGCCGAGCGCGUCCAAUGCGGCCAUGGCCCCGCAGAACGCCGUGGCGGGCGGCAGUAGCCUCGGUGGCAUGCACAACCAUGUCUUCUCCAGCGUGAGUGGACCACCACCGGGUCUAAUGGUUCCGCCCGGAUUGGGCCCUCGGGUGCAUCCUCACGCGCAAGUUCCCACGAACGGGUCCUACAAUCCCAACGCGGGUCUGGGGAUUCGGAAUCCCAUGAGUACGGCCAUGUCGCACACGCCUCCCCUCGGCGGAGGGCCCACCAACGGCUCCUCGGCCGUGAACAUGGGCCCUUACAACAACGUUUAUUUUCACGAUUACAUGAUGGGUCGGUAG